AUGGUUCCAAAACUUCGUUUGCAAUACAAUGUUACAAAAGAAUUCUCAUUGAGAUAUACAAUUCUUGCUAUACUUUUUUUUAUCUUUGUAGAUAUAAUUGUUAUAUUUUUCGUAAUUUUAACUAAAGGGAAGACUUUAUCUUGUUCUCCUCAGUUUCGAAAUGUAUAUGAUUCAGAAAGUUGUCAGCAGAAACUUUUUACAAGUGGUGAAACCUUCGCAACACAAACUUUUAUAUAUUCGUUUUUGAACUCAACACAAUAUACCGGCGCACCUCUUUCAAAUUGCAAAAUCAAUUUCUCAAAACUCUUUGUUCAUGGUAUCCCAACUUCGCUUCCAAUCCAAGAUUGGAGAUAUAAUAUUUCAUGUUCUACAUCUAACUUUUCAGUUGCCCUAAAUAUUGUUGAACCUGCAUACACAGAUGUUGGAGACAAAGUUAAUGACCAGAUCCGUGGAUUAUUUGGGGUUAAUGGACUUCAAACGGCUACAUGUGGUGGUGACUCCAAUAAUAACUCGUACCCUGUUAACUCCUACCAAAUUCUUAAUGGUGGCUAUUAUGUUUACUCAAAUGCUCCAUCGAAUGGUAUUUGCUACGCUUCAAAUGAUGAUCCUUAUUUUCGACCUUUGGAUACCUUCCUUAACAAUACUAUACAAUAUGAUCUCAAUAAUUUUGGUAUAAUUCCAACAAUCUAUCAAUGUCAAUCUUGUAUACUUGUGUGGAAUUCAUUUAAUGUUAUUUUGCUAGAAAUUCUUACUUCAUCAUUUGCGAUUAUGGGAGUCGUUUAUACUAUCACUUUAAUUUUUCUUAAAAACUAUUAUUUAUCUAAAAUUUCCAAGUCAACCCAAUAA